AUGAGCCUCAUGGCCACAAAACGUAAAGUAGAGGUGAUUGUCCCCGCAGAGGAGAGCGACCAGCUCCUAAUCCGCCCGCUGUGAGUUUAUUUGUCAUUUAUUAACAAAUAAAUUCAUUACAAAUACAGCUCAAUAAUGUGAGAUUAGCUGAUGUGAUUUUUUCUCCUAAAACUACAGGGGUGCAGGUCAGGAGGUCGGGAGGUCCUGCAUCAUCCUAGAGUUCAAAGGACGAAAAAUAAUGGUAUGUAAUUAUUUUUCACUCCAUGAUAAAGUGAAUAAAUAUAAGUACAGUAUGUGCUGCUGUGUGGCAAUUUUAUAAAUGAUUAUAACAUAUCAGAAAGUCAUAUCAGACUGAAGUAUGAAAUGAUUGUUUAUAGUUUAUACAUGUAAAUGAACAUAAUGUACCAACCCAUUUUAGUCUCUGCACCUAAUCCUUAUGAUUUUAAAUGCAAAUUGAAAACAUACCUUUUUGGUCUAAAUUUUAUAUCCUUAACUUUGUUGAAGUGUUUUUUCAUCCCUUUCUGGUUUUAUGUUGUUUUUUAUCAUACUUUCUUUUUAUUGAUGUUCUUCAGCAUUGUAUAAUACAAUAUGAGGAUGAAAGGGGUACACAUAUAGAAAAAGGAAUAAAUUAAUAAAUAAAUAAAAAUCAAUAAUAAAAACACAACCCAUUGGAUCACCAUGCCUCUACAGUUUGAUCAUUUUUCUUUGUCAGUGUAGAUGUCUUCGUCCCGUUGUUCUAAUGUAUUCGGUCAAUUUUUCCAAUUUCCGGCAACACUGAUCUUCUUGAGUCCUUAUUCUAUAAGUCAGUCGUUCCAUAAUGUAUAUUUCAUCCAUAAUUUUCAACCAGUCUUCCUGUGAUGGUGGGUCCGCCCUGUACCAUUUUCUUGUAAUUGCCUUUUUACAGGCUGCUAACAUAAUUUUCAAUAUGUGUCUAUCUUCCUUCAGUACGACAUUUCCUGUAGUGAUACCAAGAUAUAAAAAUGUACGAGACUUGGAUACAGCAUAAGCCAAAAUUUCACCUAUAACCACAUGGACAUCUUCCCAAAGUUUUGCGAUCUUAGGACAGAGCCAGAGUACAUGUGAAUAGUUCACAUUUACCUCUCCACAGCUUUUCCAACAUGGCUGUGGUAUUGAAGUGUGUUUACUCCUAAUUUCAGGUGUUAUAAAAAAUCUAAUUAGAUUUCUAGUUUUAAUGACAGGAUCGCCUUUUAUUUAGCUAUUUUGGUGCUCUUACUUUAGUGUCUUUUACUGUUUUUUUAUUUCAUUUUAUUUAUAAUUUCUUUAAAUUUCAGUCUAUUUCUUUGUUUUUAGAUUUUAACCUAAACCUCCAGUGUUUCCUUAUCUUGAGUUUUAAAAUGACGUUUCCUCAGUGCGCACAUUCCUGUUUCCAUGAGCUCUUUUUAAGUUUAUACAUUAUGCAAUAAAGACUGAUUGAUUGAAUGACAAAAUGACUAAUGUUAAUGUUUGUGUUGGGAAGCUGGACUGUGGUAUCCACCCUGGCUUGGAGGGAAUGGAUGCCCUCCCUUACAUAGACCUGAUAGACCCAGCAGAGAUAGACCUCCUGCUCAUCAGCCAGUAAGUCCGUCUCCAAUUAUCAUUUGACCUCUUAUGAAGUCAUGUCAAUUUUUUUUUAAUUGACUUUCUUUAUUUGAAGCAAUUCUAAAAACAGCAACAUGUCAGUACAACAUGACAGAGAAGACUUACAUUCUAUCAUUUUUUCCCAAGGCCAUACCUUGCACAGAUUGAGGAGGAGUGAACCAACUGUAAAACUUGUUGCCAAUAAUCGUCAGGGAGUGUGGUCCCAAGCUCUUGCUCCCAGGAAUCCUUGGAACCAGAAGCUGGGGCAUCGAUAGCAGAAUUAAUGAGGCUGUAAAUGUUAGAGAUUAGACACUUUUGUUUAUGAUCAAGAGCCAGUAAUAAGUCAAUCAAAGUUUCAGGGGGAUGGCUUGGGAAUUUGCGGUUCUGAUUCUGAAUAAAACGCCUUGCCUAAAAUAUACAAAAUAGGUGGGAUUUAGGCAGGUCAAAUUUUGUUGAGAGCUCAGAAAAUAGUGAUGUCAAUUCUUGCCUUGUCUUUAUUUAUUAUGUUCUCUAUCCUCUCAUCAGCUUCCACUUGGAUCACUGUGGAGCUCUACCUUGGUUCCUCCAGAAGACCAGCUUUAAAGGCAGGACCUUCAUGACCCAUGCUACAAAGGCCAUUUACCGCUGGUUACUGUCAGACUACGUCAAAGUCAGGUAAGAGCUGGAGCUGUCACUGCUGUUUAACAUUCCCCUAAAUAAAUUAACGUGGUCCCUGUCUUUAAAUGCAUCUGUAAUUUUUGCAGCAACAUCUCUGCAGACGACAUGCUGUAUACUGAAAAUGACCUGGAGGAGAGCAUGGACAAGAUCGAGACCAUUAACUUCCAUGAGGUGAAAGAAGUGGCAGGAAUCAAGUUCUGGUGUUACCAUGCAGGCCAUGUGCUGGGGGCUGCUAUGUUUAUGAUAGAGAUAGCUGGAGUCAAGGUAUGGAUAGUUUUCAUAUGUAUUUUUUGUAAAAGAAGGUGUUUCUUACGCGUUAAAGCUGCGCUGUUUCCCUCUUUAAAGCUGCUGUACACAGGAGACUUCUCCCGUCAAGAGGACAGACAUUUGAUGGCAGCUGAAAUCCCCAGUGUCAAACCUGAUAUCUUAAUCAUAGUAAGCUCAACUGUUUUUUUUAAAUUUUUUUUUUAUUUUACAUCUUAUACUUCUUACAAAAAACACAAGAUAAUCAGACAACCAUAAAUCCUGUUAAUGUUUCUCAAAGGAGUCGACCUAUGGCACCCACAUCCAUGAGAAGAGGGAGGAGCGGGAGGCUCGGUUCUGUAACACCGUCCAUGAUAUUGUCAACAGAGAAGGCCGCUGUUUAAUCCCUGUUUUUGCGCUGGGGCGGGCCCAGGAACUGCUGCUCAUCCUGGGUGAGAAAUCAGAUUUUUGAAUAGAGAAUUUCAAUUAAAACCAACACAAUUAAGUCUGCCUGUUAUGUUUCUAUAAAUCAGUUUAUUGAUACACAAUUAAAUUAAAUCUAUUUCCCAUCUUCUAAUGUGGCCUUUAACUGAUUUACUUUACCAUAUGAUUGACAAUAUAUCAUUGUGACUUAUCAGACUCAAAGAUGCUGUAUGAAUACAUUAUUGAUCAUUUUGCAUUACAAUGAUUGAUCAUUUGUGUCUUAAAGAUUGUGUUGGAUUGUGUUAUGCAUUUCUAAUGUAGAUGAGUACUGGCAGAACCACCCAGAGCUCCAUGACAUCCCCAUCUACUAUGCCUCAUCCCUGGCCAAGAAGUGCAUGGCCGUGUACCAGACCUACGUCAACGCUAUGAACGAUAAAAUCCGCAAAGCCAUCAACAUCAACAACCCUUUUGUCUUCAAGCACAUCAGCAACCUUAAGGUGAAGGUUCAAAAGAUACACACACCUGUUUUACCUUCUAAAAACACAUCUGAAUAUCUGUUUUUCUUGAUCUUUUAGAGCAUGGACCACUUUGAUGACAUUGGUCCCAGUGUGGUGAUGGCUUCUCCGGGUAUGAUGCAGAGCGGCCUCUCCAGAGAGCUCUUUGAGAGCUGGUGUACGGACAAGAGGAAUGGAGUCAUCAUUGCUGGAUACUGUGUGGAGGGAACACUGGCUAAGGUCAGCCCCGAGCAGGAAAGAUGUGGGUGUGUGAAGUGUUAUGUGGGAUUAAUGAGAAGUGUGAUAGCUGGGAUCAGAUUUUCUUUUUUUUCUGGGCCCAGAUUGGAUGUUUCCACUAAAAUUAUGAUCCUUGAACUGCAGCAUAUUAUGUCAGAACCGGAGGAGAUUACCACCAUGUCGGGACAGAAGCUGCAGCUGAAGAUGUCUGUGGACUACAUCUCCUUCUCUGCCCACACAGACUAUCAGCAGACCAGCGAGUUCAUCAGGGCCCUCAAACCACCACAUGUGGUAAUGGAAGCAAAAUUUUAUUUGAUUUAUAGAUUUUUUUUGUUUCAGUACUUAUUUGUCUGUGCCUUACAGUUGCAUCACCUGAAAAUUAAAAUCCUCCACUCUUUAGAUCCUGGUUCAUGGGGAGCAGAAUGAGAUGGCCCGUCUGAAGGCAGCACUGAUCAGGGAGUACGAGGAUAAUGACCAGGUUCACAUUGAAGUCCACAACCCUCGCAACACUGAAGCCGUCACCCUCAACUUCAGAGGAGAAAAACUGGCGAAGGUCCCCAACUGUCUUUUUUUAUUUAAGCUUCUAUUUGAUCAUCUUUUCAUUAGCUAAAGUCACUCUUUGGCUUAAAUACGUAAAGUUCUGUUUACUGUAUACAUUAGAUGACACUGUGCUGUUUUUAUAGAUAUUAAAUACACAAAUACACCACAGAAAUUUGGACUAAAGACGGGCUGUCUCUCCUCAUAUCAGGUGAUGGGCUCUCUGGCCGACAAAAAGUGCGUUCAGGGUCAGAGGGUGUCAGGCAUACUAGUGAAAAAGAACUUCAACUACCAUAUCCUCAAUCCCUCUGACCUUUCCAGUAAGUAAAACAUGUCCCAAUACCAUUUUUCCCUCCAUAAUGAUGGUUUCAAUAUCAAACCUGAGUACUGGCUAACAAAACUCCUGCUCUUUAUUCUUACAUUAGUCUCUUUUGACCAGUUUCAUUACUUUUACCUUUAUUUUGCCAUUUCUACUUUAUGCAGGACAGCCUAUACUUCUCUAUUGUGUGCCCCAGUAGAGUAAGCUGAUUUUUGAUCCUUUGUUUACCCAGCUAGUGAGGCAUCAUACCAUGUGUGUAUGUGUGCAUGUGUGUGUUCUGCAGUGUACACAGAGCUGGCCAUGAGUACAGUGAAACAGUCCCAAGCCAUCCCUUUCACUGGACCGUACUCACUGCUCGUCUGCCACCUGAGGAACCUCACAGGUAAGAUUCAAAAUCCCUAUAUUUGUUAUGCAUACCAUAAAAUAUACAGUAUAUACAUGUUUUUUUUUUCUCCUCAGGUGAUGUUGAAGAACUGGAUGGAACCGAGAAGAACACGUUAAAGGUCUUUAAAAACAUUACCCUGAUCCAUGAGGUCGGCAUGGUGGUGCUUGAGGUGAGCAAGACGGACCGUGUCAGUUGGCUGUUGUCAUGGUGUGGCAUAGAUAGAGUCCUGUACAUUAGCAUGGUUUCUCUUUAUCUCAUGUUUCAGUGGAUAGCCAAUCCUCUCAAUGACAUGUAUGCUGACGCUGUCACUACUGUAGUGCUGGAGGUGCAGUCAAACCCAAAAGCUCAGAAAGGUCUGUUAAAACUGUGUCAGUUUUAAAUCUAUGUGAACUCUCUUAUCAUUGGCUUAUUUUGUAAUUGUAUUUUUUUCUAUUAACAGUAAUGGAGACCCAGAGUACCACUCUGGACAUGGAUGUUUUCCAGACCCGGUUAGGAGUCAUGCUGCAGUGAGUGACAUGCUCUAGUCUAUUCUAUUAACAUUAUUCUGGUGAAUAAGUGUAUUAGAAAAGGUUGAUCAGUUGAUCUUUACUUCUAUAUAAUUUAUAUCUAUGUCCUUUAUCCUAAGGGACAUGUUUGGAGAGGAGUGUGUGGAUUUCAGCGAUGGUAAAAACAUCUCUCUGACUGUAGACGGGAAGACGGUUAACAUUUGCUUGCAAACUAGGGUGAGACUUUUUCACUCUGUUAAUCCAGCAUAAAGGGGAUAUGUUCAGUGUGGGGUUGUUGCCUUUUUAACAUUUCCACCUGUCUCCUUCUCCCCCGUCAGUCUGUGUGCUACGAGGAUGAAAGCACAGAGGACGACUCCCUGAGAGAGAUGGUAGAGCUGGCGGUGCAUCGGCUCUAUGAUGCAUUGAACCCGGUCGUCUGA